AUGGUGAACCCGAGCAAGUUUUUCUUUUUUUCUUCUGUGUUGAUUACUUAUUUAUUGAAGAAUAAAGCAGAAGCAAAUGGAAAAGCGGAAUAUGGAAAAAAUCCAAGGGUCGUCCCCUCUAUGAAAAUAAAUAAUAACCCUCAAGUUAGCAAGAGCACAACUGUAAAAUUAGACAACUCGAAAUUUAAAAGAACCCAUAAAAAUAUCCUCAAAGCGAGGAAAAGGGGAAUUAAUUUUGUCGCUUUGAAUUUACAAAACAUUCUGGAAUUAAAAUCGAAUGACCCGUUAAGCCGAAUAAACAACAUUUACUCCAGAAAAAAAGAAAAUUUCCUUUCCGCUUGUUACGAACAUGGAAAAAUCAAAAAUGCGAGUGCCUGUAACAGAAUUACUGCUACUAAGCAAAUUUGUGAUAUGCCUCUUGACUUUAACCUGAACUAUGUCUUUUCUGUCAAGGAGAACAACGACCUGCUUUCCAAAUGCCUUGUAGACAAUAUUCCUGAGCAUCGAAUAAGAAAUAAUAACCACGCGAUAGUCGAGUCAGAAGAUUUUUUCGAUUUGAAGAUUCUAAACGAAACGGUUCUCUUGAGAAAUUCGAUUAUCAUUACGGAAGAUGCAUGCACGAAUAAAAUAAAGGUGCGUAGUCCUUAUUUUACAUUUGAAAGUUCCCCUAACCCUUUUGGUAGUCCAAUAUUAUACAAAGGCGAAGUAAUUGGUACCGAGUUUAAAAACAUAAAAGUGGAAAAGAAUGUUGAAGGAUUAUUUAACGUAUGUUCAUGCCAAGUUGACAAUGUAUAUAAGAAUUAUAAUAAUUGUGAACUAGCCAAUAAGCAUUACACACAUAUUUAUACUCUUCGGGUUAUUAUGAAACCUACACAUAUUAUUAAUGUCUCCACAGGAGAAAAACUUGAUAUUACUUUUAAAGAGUAUUAUACACCAUUCCCUAUUAAAAUGGCCUUUAUUAUUGAUAUGAUAAGUGGUUACAAUUGCAACAAUAUUAACGACAAAUCUUUUGCUCAAGUCCAGGAAGAUUUCUACAAAAACAAAAAAAAAAUCAACUUUUAUGAUAUUUUUUUGUACGAAAUUGCUCCAAAUGAAAUAAAUGAAGACAUAGUUUUUGAAAAUCCAGGAAAAUAUUUACUAUGUUACACCUCCAGUGACAACGGGACUGUGUUCUCGGCUCUACUAGCCAAUAUACAUGUUGAUGGGUACAACUUAAGGGAAGUCAAAUAUUUGUAUGCAGAUCUUCAUUCUGUGAAAUUAAACCUGGGACAUUUUGUUAUCCUUGAAAGAAAAGGAUUAAAAGAACCAUUUGAAGUUGUUUUUAAAAGAAAAGAGGAAAAGAAAUGCUCAGGAGAAACUGUAAUUCAAUCAAAUAUUAUAUCGAAUUUUUGGCAAGACGAAGAUGAAGAAGUAGCUAUGUAUGCAAUACAUGUAUUAAAUGAAAAAUUAAAUGAAUAUAAUGAAUUACUGGAUAUUUGUGCUAAAGAACAUGAUGAAUAUAGCUUAAUUGGGCAUGCAAAAGUAAAACCGUAUAUUUUACACACGUACAGAGAUAUCUCUUAUUUGUAUAAUUUUAAUGUUGUACCUGAGGAUGUUAGAACAUAUGUAAUACAAAAAGAAUCAAGUUUCUUCAAAUUCUAUCCUUAUAUGUUAGAACACAUAGAGGAUCAUAAUAUAGAUGAGUUAUACAUAUCCUUUUUAUGCUAUCCAACAAAAAAUGAAAUAGUUGCAACAUAUAACUUUGAUAAAAACAUGACACCCACAUAUUUUGCACAUUUUAAAAUAUCUCAUGCUUCUGGUUCUAUAUUGUAUAUUUCAGAUGAUGAACUGAAAUUAUACGUUUUAAAAAAAAAUUCUCAAUCCUUAUUUGUAUAUGAUAUUAACCCUGAAAAUGUAAUGACAAAAGUAGAGGCUAUAGAUAAGCCUGUAGAUGAUUUAUUUAUGAAUAAUUUAUUAGCAUACUUUUGGGAUUAUGCUGAUUUUGAAAAAUGUGAAAAUUGCUUUUCACCUAUUAUGAUGGAACCAUUGUAUGAUGAAAACAAAAAUGUACAACUUAUUUUUUUAGUAACAUCAGAUCCAGAUCACAAAUUAGUGAUAAUAGACCUAAAGUUUCAUCCUGUUUACGUGCAUGAUUCUAAUGCCGUAAAAGAUACAUUUGCAGAAAUUGAUGCAUUAAAAUUUAGUCUAGAUGUUUUAAAAGAUUCAUCAUACCUUAUCACUAAUAUUUCUUGUGGAAUUUUAAAAAAUGAAUCUUUUGAUUGUUUCUUAAUUGAUCAAAUGAAUAAUUCUGUAAUAGCAGUACAGUAUGUGAAAAAACAAAAUGUGCUAAUUCUCAUAGAUACUUUUCAAGGAGAAGGUAAAAGUGACAUAAAGGACGAAAAUGUUCACUUCCAUGAUUUUGUCUUUAGUCAGUUUAACACUUAUUUGCAGAGACCCAAAAAUGUAGUACCCUUUCCUUAUGAAGACUCUUACAUUCUAUUCAUUGAUGAGGAUGAAUCCAAUGAAAUAAACCUAAUAGUGUACAGAAAAAACAAACCGAAUAACAACUUUUCCUAUAUAUCCAAAAUAAAUAACACAUAUAUUGAUGAUGGAAAGGUGCACAAAAUAUAUAAAUUUUAUGAUCAUAAAGAACUUUUUAAUAGAAAUGCACUUUUAAUAGUAAAAGAGCACGAAGGAAAUGUAGAAUUAGUAUACGGUCCCAUACGAAAUAUCAGCAAUAUGACAGAAUUAAAAUAUAAUUAUCCAUACAUUAUACAAGAUAAUGGAAUUCCAUAUGUAUUAAAAAUAAAAUCAAAUGAAAUUAAAAAAAUUAAAUUGCUUCAUAAUUUUGAAAUUGUUGUGCAUAACGUUAAUAAAUCACAAUAUGUUACAAUAGACAAAUACGAUGGAACUAUUAAUAUAAAAUUAUCAGAAUUUAUUGGAGAUCCAGUUAAUUUAAGUGUUAAGGUCUAUGGAGUUUUUAUAGAAUUAAAAAUAGACAUAAGUUUUAAUGUAAUUUGCGCCGAUGGGAUGAAAGCACUAAAUGGAAAUUGUAUCCCUUGCCCAGUAGACUCAUAUAACAACAUUAAUGAAUAUACGAAAAAUAAGAAUAUCUACGAAUGUAGCAAGUGUCGAGAGAAUUCAAUUACUAAAAGUGAAGCGUCCACUUCUAUGGCUCAGUGUUUAUGCUUACCAGGAUAUGAAUUAAAAAGCAAUGGUAUAUGUGUUCCUUGUGCUGUGGGGACAUGGAAAUCAGAGCUUUCUAAUAGCCCUUGUAUUUUUCAUUGUUAUCCCAAUUCGUAUAGUUUAGUAAGGGGUAGUCGCAGUGAAGAAGAAAGUGAAUGUAAAUGCUUAAAAGGUUAUUAUUUUGUUUCUAAAGAUGGAGUAAACUUUUGUGAACAGUGUGAUAUAGGUUACUUUUGCCCUGGUGAAUACAAAGGCAAUCAAAAAAAAUGUCCAGAAAAUACAACUAAUGUAAAACAACAGAAUUUUUCUAUAAAAAGUUGUAAAUGUGAUAUUGGUUUUGAGCCCUUUGAUUCUUCAAAUUUAAAUGAUUACGAUUUUAGGAAAAAUCCUAUUUUUGAUGAUUACAAAGACUUCGAAAAAGAAAUAAAAGGUUCUCAAGUGUGUGUGCCGUGUAAAAUAGGAUCAUAUAAAGAUACAGUUUCAGAAAAUAAUUGUAAAAGUUGUUCUGCGCACGUAUUUACAGAUGCAACGAAGUCUACUUCUAUAUCUGAAUGUAAAAAAUGUGAAAAGGGAUACUAUUUGCAUGCACAAGAUUCUUGCUUGCUAUGUCCAGAUAAUCAUUAUUGCCCAGGUUCUAAUAUAGAAGACCCAAAAUAUACAAUUUAUGAAAAUCAGAAAGUUCCCUGCGAUAGUAAAAGUUUGACAAAACCUCCAAAUGAAUUAAAUGUAUCACACUUAAGCUGUCUAUGUAAAAAGGGAUUUGAAUAUAUAAAAGCAGAAGAUAAUGAAUUUGACUGUUUAGAAGUACCGAAAAAUUACUACAAAUCUAAUUUAAGCAACACAGAAAAGAUCCCCUGCCCAGAAAACAGUAUCACAUUAUACACACAAACACAAAGUAAGAUUAAAUGUAUAUGUAUAGAAGGGCAUUAUUGGGAUAUUAAUGAAAAGAAAUGCAUUAAGUGUCCUAAGGGAUAUUAUUGUCCCGGUGGACAUCUGAAAAACUGUUUUUUGAAGGACACUUUACAUCUUUGCAUACCUAAAAAAAUAAAAUGCCCUAUAAAAAAUACAACAACGAAAGCUGAGGGAUCUUUAAGUGAAUCCAGUUGUCUUUGUGAUAAAGGAUAUACUUUAAGUAAAGAAGUACUCCGUGAAUGCGUUCUCUGCCCAGUUAACACUUAUAAAGAUGUUGUAUCAAAUGCAGAAUGCACUAUGUGCUUAACUCCUUACACAACAGAUGGACAAAUGGGAAGUGCAAAGGAGGAAGAUUGUACAUGUUCAGGUGGUUACUAUUUUUUUAAUCACUGUUUGCCAUGUAGUGAUAAGAAUACUUAUUGCAAAGGGGGGAAAAUGAUAGUUAAUAACAAAAGUAAAACUAUUCAUUAUGCUCCAUCAAAAUGUCCGCCAAAUACAGUCGUUUCAUUUGAGACAGAGAGACCAUAUAACCAAAGUUUUUGUGUUUGCAAAAAAGGAUAUAAACAUGUUUAUACAGCAAAUAAUUAUACAAAAAUAUGUGCACCAUGUGAACCCGGAUUUUUUAAGACCGUGAUCGGGGAUUUUUCUUGCGAAUCGAAAUGUAAACCUAAUUCGACAAGUCUCAUUGGAACGACGCAUGAAACACAUUGCUUUUGCUUAAAAAAUUAUUAUUUCAAAUAUGGCAUUUGUGUAAACUGCCCCGAUGGUGCAUAUUGUGAAGGUGGCUUCCAUGAAGAGACCUUGUUAAGCAUGAAAAAAAAUGAAACUUCAUUGGACCACUCAAAAAUAAAGCAUGUAAUGCCUGUUCCUAAAGAAAAUUAUGCACUUUACAAAUUAAAGACUAAUAUAUACAACAUGGACUGGUUCAUUGUAGAAUGUCCAAUUAAAGAAGCUUGCUUAUAUAAUGAGAAAUGCCAUGAAUCUAUGACAAAUUUUUUAUGUGGGGAGUGCAAAAAAGGAUACACAAAUAAUUUUUCUAAACUAAAUUUAUGCAUAAAAUGCAGUGGUAAUAUUACGAAUGUUCUUCACAUUAUUUUCGUCAGUAUUUUUAUCUUAUUGUUUACAGUUAUUAUGGCAUAUUUAAAUGUCUUUACAGGAGACAACAGAAAAUCUGUUCAUUCUAUAGUUAUUAAAAUCGCUGUUAAUUAUUUUUCUUGUAUGAAAAUUUUUUAUGUCGUGGGAACAAGCGAAUUAUAUUUUCCAUCAAAUUUUUCAUCCCAUAUUAAUUAUAUAAUUCAAAAUAUUAAAAGAUUGCUAAAAGCAAAAAAAAAUUCUGGUCUUUACUGUAUAUUAACAAGUUAUUUCGAUAUAUCGCAUUCAGAUGCUUAUUUUUAUGGUAUGCUUUUUUAUGCCUUUAGGCCCAUUUUGCUUGCAAUAACACUAACAAUUUUAGUGUAUCUUAUGGUAGAAAUAUAUAAAUUUAAAGUUAGGGAUGAAACAAGAAUAAAGUUAAAUGUAAUAGACAAAAUCAAAGAAUUAGGAAAAACGGAACUGUAUGAAGAAAUCAUGAAAGAGCUAGCAUCAGAAAGGGCUUUGGUGUUGUUUAGAUAUAUACCCAUACCUGGAGAUUCCAAAUUUAAAAGAAUAAGAAAUUUUCUUGAGGAUAUGAUUCCAAUGUAUGUCACAUUAUUAUUUUUUAUUCACACGAAAACUACUCAUUUUAUGUUAACGCUGUUAGAUUGUAAAGGAAUUUACUACAAUGAUAAAUUUGUAGAGCACUAUAUGAGCUAUGUCCCUAGUGUGAAAUGUGAUUUGUCCAGGACUUAUGCAAAAUUCUUUAUAUUAGGCAUGGGGGGUAUAGUUGUGUGGGGAAUUGGUAUUCCAUUAAUGUCAUAUUUAGUGUUGUAUAAAAAUAGAAAACAUUUACAUUCAGAAAAUAUUUUGUUUAAAUAUGGAUUCUUAAAUAAUGGUUUUAAUUUUCAAUUUUGGUAUUGGGAGUCUAUUUUCUUUUUAAGAAAAAUUUUGAUUUUGUUAAUAUCAUCAGUUCCUGUUUUUAAAACAGCUAGAAUAUUUGGCACAACUAUGUGGCUAUUUACCGUUAUUUCAUUUUUUUUUCUUACAGUGCAGAUGAUACUUCAACCUUUUGACUCUAGAAAUUACCACAUCUUAAAUAAAUUUGAAACUUAUAGCAUGUUUACCUGGACCAUGACUCUAAUGAUUUUUGUUUUUCUAACGGUGUCUAAUGCUAAUGCAGCUAUAAAUUUCUAUGUCUUGUUAUUUUUGCUAUUUUUUAAUUUUAUAUUUGUAGCUAGAGUUUUGAUGGCUCUAUGUUAUUCAUAUAUAGAAAAUUUAAGGCACAUAAAAAAACAUGUUAAAAUUCCAUUCUUAAGUAAAUUCUUUGAGAAAAUGUCAAAGAUUGCUGAAGAAAAAUAUUACAAGGAACCUAUGGUCUCCCUGAACACACGUGACAACUCAGUUGAAUUUAUGAAAAAAUAUAAAAGAUAUCCUUUACGCAAGUAUCGCUUAUUAACGAAUGAAGAAAAAGACUAUUUUCUCAAUGUUUUAUCCAAUUUUAUAUAUUUUGGUGUGUCCAAUUUAAAUUUUACGGUUUUUCAUUCUUAUUUUAUGGAAUUUGUGUUAAGGUUAUCAGUAAUUAACAAUGAAAUACUUCACAAAAAGGAAAAAAUCGGAAUUUUAAAAUUAAUAGCCAAAGACCCCCAAAAUAUAAAUGAGUGGAUAAAAAUUAAGGAAUCAGAGUUGAGUAAAAGAACAUUUUUCGAAAGACAUAAAAAAAUAUUAAAUUUAUUUACAAAAAACAUGUUUAUUAUUCAAAAUAACAUCAAAAGAAUUAUUUACAAAGGAGACAAGCACACUAUUGUUUCUGAUUAUGAGGUGUUGAUUAAUGUCUUAAAAUACGACGAAGAUUUUAUAACUGACUUUAAAUUCUUAUAUGAUGAAAGUACGGUGAAAUCAGGAUUAACUCUUUCUGACUUACAGUUAUCCUUUACUAAAAUUAAAAUGAAAGAUAAGAAGUUGAUUAUGCAGUUAUUUUCACUAUUUAUUGCUAAAAAGAAUAUUGUACAGUUUGAAAGAGAUAUUCACCUUAAGAAUAAAAUUGAACAACUUAAAUCUUUAUACGACAUGCUCAUAAAGUCAAACGAAAAGAAAGAAAUUACAUUUAGAAAAAAUUUUGAAAAUGCUGUUAAAGCAGACCCAAUGGAUUAUAGGACAUUACAAAAUGAAUUAGAAAUACUAAAUGAUAGAAUAAAUAACCUAAUUGACAGUUAUCAAAGGCUAACAGAUGCCAGUCAUAAUGAAUCCAAUUCAAAUGAUGAUAUAAUUAUAAAAAAUGACUCAGAAUUUUUUGAUAAUAAUUUAAAAGAACUCAGUUUUAAAGAACUUACUAGUGAUGAUGAACAGAAAAUGGGAAAUACCGAAGAAGGGGAUAUUAUGCAAAAUGAUGAAAAUACAGAAAAUUUGAAUUGUAUAGAUGAGGAAAAAAAAAAUAAGAUGGAAGAAGAAUAA